GAUCUCGCGGGAAGAGCUGCGGGCAAGGCUGUGGCUGGGGUUCUUGCUGGCUCUGGGAGCGGGAGGGCUCUCCUCACAGAAGCGCUUCCUCGCGGAGAGGUGGGAGCUGCGGCAGCCGCAGGCCUGAGCCCCCGCUUCUCUGUCACCUCCUCUUCCUCAGGGCUUCCUUGUCCGCUGGCCCUCCGACGCUGCCCAGGAACUUGUUUUAAAAACUUGGAGAAACACCAAAGACAAAAAUCUGAUGCCUCAACCCAAAUUUAAGCAUUGCUAAUAUUAUGAUAUAUGAAUUUGACAAGAAACUGAAGUUUUGAUCAAAAAUUAUUUUGAGUUUGAAACCAGACAUGUAUUAGAGUUUAGAUUCUUUCAUUUGAUUAAGGUAUGGUCUGAAUAUGCGUUGCUUGGCAGCUCGGGUCAACUAUAAGACUUUGAUUAUCAUCUGCGCACUCUUCACUUUGGUUACAGUACUUUUGUGGAAUAAGUGUUCCAGCGACAAAACGAUCCAGUUUCCACGGCACUUGAGUAGUGGCUUCAGAGUGGAUGGAUUAGAAAAAAGAGCAGCAGCAUCUGAGAGUAACAACUAUGUGAAUCAUCUGGCCAAACAUUCAGAGGAGGCAUUUCCUCCAGAACAGCAGAAAGCACCCCCUGUCGCUGGGGGCUUCAAUAGCAAUGGGGGAAGCAAGGUGUUAGGGCUCAAGUAUGAAGAAAUUGACUGUCUCAUAAAUGACGACCACACAAUUAAAGGGAGACGAGAGGGGAAUGAAAUCUUUCUUCCAUUCACUUGGGUAGAGAAAUACUUUGAUGUGUAUGGAAAGGUGGUUCAGUAUGAUGGCUAUGAUCGGUUUGAGUUCUCUCACAGCUAUUCCAAAGUCUAUGCACAGAGAGCCCCUUAUCAUCCUGAUGGUGUGUUUAUGUCCUUUGAAGGCUACAAUGUGGAAGUUCGAGACAGAGUCAAGUGUAUAAGUGGGGUUGAAGGUGUACCUUUAUCUACACAAUGGGGACCUCAAGGCUAUUUCUACCCAAUCCAAAUUGCACAGUAUGGGUUAAGUCAUUACAGCAAGAAUCUAACUGAGAAACCUCCUCACAUCGAGGUAUACGAAACAGCAGAAGACAGGGACAAAACCAGCAAGCCCAAUGACUGGACCGUGCCAAAGGGCUGCUUUGUGGCUAGUGUGGCUGAUAAGUCUAGAUUCACCAAUGUGAAACAGUUCGUUGCUCCAGAGACCAGUGAAGGUGUAUCUUUGCAACUGGGGAACACAAAAGAUUUUAUUAUUUCAUUCGACCUCAAGUUCUUGACAAAUGGAAGUGUGUCCGUGGUAUUGGAGACUACAGAAAAGAAUCAGCUCUUCACCAUCCAUUAUGUCUCCAAUACCCAGCUAAUUGCUUUUAAAGAAAGAGAUAUAUACUAUGGCAUUGGGCCCAGAACUUCAUGGAGCACGAUUACCAGAGACCUGGUCACUGACCUCAGGAAAGGAGUGGGUCUUUCCAACACAAAAGCUGUCAAGCCAACCAAAAUAAUGCCCAGGAAGGUGGUACGUUUGAUUGCAAAAGGGAAAGGAUUCCUUGAUAACAUUACCAUCUCUACAACAGCCCACAUGGCCGCUUUCUUCGCUGCUAGUGAUUGGCUGGUGAGGAACCAGGACGAGAAAGGUGGCUGGCCAAUUAUGGUAACUCGUAAGUUAGGGGAAGGGUUCAAGUCUUUAGAGCCGGGGUGGUACUCUGCCAUGGCCCAAGGGCAAGCCAUUUCUACCUUAGUCAGGGCCUAUCUUCUAACAAAAGACCAUGUAUUCCUCAAUUCAGCUUUAAGGGCAACAGCCCCUUACAAGUUUCUAUCAGAGCAGCAUGGAGUUAAAGCUGUGUUUAUGAAUAAACAUGACUGGUAUGAAGAGUAUCCGACCACACCUAGCUCUUUUGUUUUAAAUGGCUUUAUGUAUUCUUUAAUUGGGCUCUAUGACUUAAAAGAAACUGCAGGAGAAAAACUCGGGAAAGAAGCGAAGUCCCUGUAUGAGCAUGGCAUGGAGUCCCUGAAAGCCAUGCUCCCCUUGUAUGACACUGGCUCAGGAACCAUCUAUGACCUGCGGCACUUCAUGCUGGGCAUCGCCCCCAACCUGGCCCGCUGGGACUAUCACACCACUCACAUCAAUCAGCUGCAGCUCCUCAGCACCAUUGAUGAGUCUCCGAUCUUCAAAGAGUUUGUCAAGAGGUGGAAAAGCUAUCUGAAAGGCAGUAGGGCAAAGCACAACUAGAGCUCACAACCAAAGUCCUAUUGCGACCUCUGCUAUACACAGAACUAUGGGCCCUAUCUCAGCAGAGCAUAGGCACCUGCUAAAAGGUAGACUAGGCUUUUGUGGAUGACGUCAAAGUGAUAAAUGAUCCUUAAAAUCAAUCUUCUGAGAUAUCUGCAUUCCAUGGGUUGGGUGCUUAAAAUUGUAGGUGGCAUUUAGAGCAGGACAGUGUUUAGUCAGUGGGCUGAACAAAGGUGCUUAGCCUUGCCUUGCUCACACCGGGUACAGUUCUGCAGGUAGCCCGGGCCUCUUGGUUUGGGAAAAUGAAUGGUAAGUAGCUGUAACUGGCCAACUGUCUAUCACUUCCCUGAAAACGUAGUAUGGGGUGCUUUUAAAAUGUGAUUAUUUAUGUUUAUGUUGAAAGCAGACUUUCAAAAAUAAUGUGCUGUGAUACAGUAAAUACUUGUAGCCUGAAUAGUGGACUGUGUGCAACUUUUUUAAAAUGAUAUUUUUUUCCUAUAGAUUAACCUCCUGGGGGCAAGUGAUCAUUUGUUGCAUUUGUUCAAUUUGUUAUAUAUGGAGAAUAUUUUGAACUUAUGCUUUUAUUGUUGUGUAAGUUAAAAACACAGUCGGUGUUCAGGCUUCACAGUUGCGUAAUGUAAGCACAACUAAAAUGAAACAUGUUGACUGCACAAGAAUCACAAAAAUGUCACCUGUUUUAUGAAACUUGAUCUACAAUCAGAAAAGAUUUGAUAAUCGAUCUACCCCUCCCCCGUCCCCAUUGCGAUGGUUUCUUUUGUCACUAUCUAGAAUUUUGUAUUUCAUUUCACACUAUACUCAAGAGUUUUUUCUAUUUGAAGGGACAUUAUUUGGGAUAUUUUAUUAUAAACUUAGAUUUGAGAAGGAGCUAGUAAUUUUGAUAAGUCCACCACCACUACCCUUUUAGGACUUUUUCCCCCUUGAGGGAAAAUACAAGGUCAGAUAUUAUAUACAAGAGCCACAGCAGGUUUUUCCUACUUAGGUCCUUCUUGGUCAUCAGCUUGUCAAACCAUUGGCUCAGUGCAUCAUUGUUUUUUCUUUUGCAAUUUAAAUUUUAAAUUAUUUAAACCAUUGGAUAGAAUUGAAGCUACUGCAUUUGUUGUACAUGCGUAAUCAGACUUUAUUUAGCUUUUAUAUCUCACCGCACCCCACCAUACCUGCCGGUUUCUUAGCCCACACACUUUCGACAGUGUCUGCUGUAGAGCUUCAAGCACUAGGUCAGAACCAAGGGAGGUUGAUUCUGCUGGCUUUUGUUUUCAUGCAUGAUGACACACUAAAUCAGUACUGUAACUCAACCGAUCGGGAAUGUGAGACCCCGCAUUCUCAGGGGUCAUGUACAGGCAGUGGCAUUUGUCUGUGACCUAUAUUAAAUGCACAUCGCAACUCUAUUUUGCCCACAAUAAAAUAGUUGUUGGUUACUAGGUUUCCCCGUAGCUUGUGGCCUUUGAAGCUCUUAAACAUUAGCUGUUUCAACAAGAAUAUCUGGAUACCCUCCUUUUUAAUUUCAGUGCUCAAAAAUAAACUUUCUCCAGUCUGGAACCUUUUUACUUCAUCGUAUUUGUUAUUUUAGAAUAGUCUGGCUCCUGCCUUGAGUUUGCAUACUGGUAUUUCAGAUUAAGGGACUCGGUGAAAAUGGUAUGGUACUGCUUCUGUGACAAAUAUCAGUGCCUUAACAACAUGUCUGUCCUUUCCCAGCGAAAACGGACAGGCGCUCUGACCUAGAAAUGGCAUUGCUCUCUCACUGCUGUUGGUUUCACACUGCCUUCCACAUUGCAACAGCGACUUGAUUUUUCUCGAGAUCCCGGAAUUUUCUAAGAGAAGGGGUUGAACCUGUAGCAGCACCGUCGGUAUAUACUAGUGGUUCUCAAACUUUAGGACGUCUCAGAACCACCUGAAAACUUGCUGAAAUACAGAUUCCAGAUCCUCAGUAAACCUGCCGGUGAACCAUGGUGACCUGAGUUGCUAACAGACAUUCAGGUGACUCUGAUGCAGGUGGUCCGGGGGUCCACAUGCAGGAACACUGCCCAGGAGCAUCCGCUGCAUUUUUGUUCCUAAACACCUCUGGCUAUUUUUGUUCCUAAACACCUCUGGCUUUUUCUAGGGUUUUACAGCAUGUAAAAUGUUUACUUAUUCAGUGCUUACAGCGAAUGAGGACGGUGUUUUAAAGUUUUAGUCUGUUUCUUUAAAUUUGUCUUUGUGUCAAGAUUAUGGGUAUUAUUUUAUACUUAUCUUGAGUUAGCUUUGAUGUUAAGUUAAAUCUAUUGCCACUUCAGUUUUUAAACUAGCCAAAAGUCUGAGAUAAAGGUCAAGACUGACCCUUUAGCAGUUACUGUACAUAAAGGCUUCAUCCCAAAAUUAGCCAGUGUGUGGGAGCAAACACAGAAAUGACACACAAGCACAACUCUGCAGGCGUGGCGGUCCUUCUUUGUCAGCGUGCAAACUUCCACUGAAAGCUGCUAUUUGCAUCCUCCUUGAACUCGUUUUUCUUGUUUUCCUCCAUUGUACAUGUGGGUUCUAUACCAUGUGUUAAAUAUGCAAUAAAGUGUUUACUGGAUGCCCUUCUGAAGGGUAGUCCUUUGUAAAGCUGUACAGACUUUGCAGUUCAAGCACAAUGUGCACAUGUUAGUUUUAUAUACAGCAGAAGUUGAUUUUUUGCAGAUGGAAAGGUAUUUUGUUUCUAUACAAAGUAAAUGGAUUGUUUGUGCUUAAUGUAAAGCUGCUUUAUAAAAUUGUAAAAUAAAGUUUUUAUCU